AUGAAACUUUAUAAAAUUAUUAUAAUUCUAAUAUAUCAAGUAAUUAAUAGAGAUACUUGUUUAGCUUGGAUUUUAUAUUUUGAUAUUAUACCAAGCUCAACAAAUCAAGAUCCAUCUUUAUCUAUAGAAUCUUGUAAUAUAUAUUACUGGACAAAAAUAAAUACUUCAUGUUUUGAAGGAUGUUGUAUAACUGGAAAUUUAAAAUAUGGUAUAAAUUUUAUUACUAAUAGAGAUAUAGGUACUUAUAAAAUCUCAGAUUUUAAAAUAGAUUCGAUUUCAAUUAAUUGUAGAUUAUUAUCCUUUACUAAAUUUAAUAGAAAAAUAUCAAUUAAUUCUUGGGUACCUACAGAUAUAUGUAUAUUAAAUGAUAAUAUUUGGGAAUCUAUUUUAAAUUUAGAAAAAUCAUCUAAUACUAAGAUGUCAUCAUUACCUGCUACUUUAACUAUAGGCUCACAAUCUUCAUAUUUAUUUAAUGAAGAUAAUCUAUAUAUUGGUGCAUAUUAUAUAGAAUCAACAAUAAAGAAACUUAAUAUAUUAAAGAUAGUUAUAACAUACUUUCUAUAUGGUUUUAUAAUAGAUAUUAUACUUAUUUUUAUAUUAAUAACUAAUUUUACAGUAUUAAAGUUUAGAUUAAACAAAUUAGAAAAACAAAGAUUAAAGAAACUGAAAUAA